UGCUGCCAGUACAUAAAUGACGGUCGGAGGGGAAGGACGCAUGUGAAAUUCAAUAUGCAUGCAUGUCCUUCGUUAUGUGAUUUGUGAACAAUUCAUGUGAUAUUACUUAAUAUUUAAUUAAGCUCUUCCUGUGAUAUUAUUCUGAACAUUUUAUUUCAGUGAAACCAAAAUGGCAGACGAAAAGAGUGAAUCUAAGCCGUUCAUACAAACCAGCCCUCCGCCGCUGAUUACUAAGACACCUAUACCAGUGAAAAAAGUCAAACCCGGAAAGGAAGGUCGAGGGAAGGCUUUCAAACAGAUCGUAGCAGCGUUUGUAGCCAACCUGGGUACCAUUAAUACGGGUAUGGCGUUUGGGUUUUCAGCAACAGCACUACCUCAGUUAAAGAGUGAAACCUCAAGUUUACAUGUAACAGAAAAUGAAGCUAGUUGGAUUGCCAGUUUAAGUUCUGCGGGCACUCCCAUCGGCUGUAUACUGAGCGGUUAUCUCAUGGAUGCUAUCGGUAGACGACGAACACUCAUCGUAUCGGAGGUGCCCCUCAUCAUAGGAUGGAUUCUGGUCGCAUCAGCUGUAAACGUGCCAAUGAUGUAUGUCGGUAGACUACUAAUAGGCCUGGGAUCUGGAAUGGUGGGUGCCCCGGCCCGGGUGUACACGUGUGAAGUGUCACAGCCUCACCUUCGAGGAAUGCUGGGAGCGCUGGCCUCUGUCGGCGUCUCUACUGGGGUGCUCAUACAGUACGUUAUAGGCAGUAUAACGACAUGGAAUGUAUUAGCCGGUGUGAGCGCUAUAGUUCCUAUAGUGUCUCUGUUAGGAAUGAUUCUGCUGCCGGAGACGCCCAACUAUCUCUUAACUCAGGACAAGAAGGACAAAGCUGAAAGCUCGCUAGCGAAGCUGAGAGGAUCGACCUGCAACUUGCAGGACGAGAUAGACAGGAUGAUAACCUUCAAAGAGAAAAAUCAUGUGGAACCUUUAAAAACGUCCAAGGAGAUAAUAAAGGCUCUGCUGUCCCCGUCAGCUCUCAAGCCCUUCGGUAUCCUCGCCUUGUAUUUCUUCAUUUACCAAUGGUGUGGUGUCAACACCAUCACCUUCUACGCCGUUGAAGUUUUUGAGGCCUCGGGCGCGUCUUUGGACAAGUAUUAUCUAACGAUAUCAAUGGGCGUGCUGCGUGUGGUGUUCACUGUAGUCGGUUGUAUUCUGUGCAGGCGAUGUGGCAGACGUCCACUCACAUUCGUCUCUGCCUUCGGUUGCGGAUCCACUAUGAUAAUUCUGUCGGUGUACAUGUACUACGUCCAGUACUGGAACAACAACAACAUCCCCCCCCAACACUCCUGGAUACCGAUCGCUGCUAUUUACCUCUUCACGGUCUUCUGUACCCUGGGGUACUUGAUCGUACCCUGGAUCAUGAUCGGCGAAGUUUACCCCACACAGGUCCGCGGCAUAAUCGGCGGUAUGACCACUUGUGCCGCCCACUUGUCGAUAUUCACUGUGGUCAAAACCUUCCCGUACCUUAAGCACGCGCUCAACGACUACGGAACCUUCGGACUGUAUGGAGCCAUGUCCAUAGCUGGUAUGGUGUUCUUCUACAUAUUCUUACCAGAAACGAAAGGAAGGACGCUGCAGGAAAUAGAAGAUUACUUCAGCGGCCGGACGAAGACACUCAAAAAAGUUAACGCGCAAACUGAAACCGCGUGAGGGUAGGUGUGGCGAGCAUUCCGUGUGUAGCAGAGGUAGUCGGAACUUGAAUUAUUUAUUUUUAUAUGUUCAAUGAAAUCAUUUCAUUUAGAUUGUAAAUAAAUAUGUUCAUAGAAUAUAAAAAAAAAUUUUUUUUUUUUUUUCAAAAAAUUCUGUAUUUUUCUGAAAGAUAGAUUAGUUUAGAUACAUGUAUAUUUUUUGAGCCGUUUACGAUAUUUACAGAUGUAUUAAAUGAUAUCGAGUAUGUAUAUUUUUGUAUAAAGUAUUAUUGUUUAGAUUUAAUUAAUUAAUACUAGUUGAUUAGUGAGUAGUGCCAUUGUGUGAGAUGAUUAUAAUUUAUUAAAAAAAAAAAAACAAACCGUAUUUAUUAAAAGUCACGCGGUGCGGCAGCUGGUGGCCGUUUUGAGCUCUCGCUGAUACGAGACGCUGGUCAUACCAAAUGAGUAUUCUAUGAAGUAUCGACUUAAAUAAAAAAAACUAUAACUA